UUCUUUGCGUUGCUCAAGGCCCGGUCAACAGAAUGAAAAGUUUACCCGAAAAGAAGAAAAGAUCAAUCACGCUAAUUUUUAUAUAUUUGUAGAUCUAACAAAACGUUUUGUUUAUUAAUUAGUAAGCCGGAAAGGAGUCUAAGCGGGCAGAAGCCUCUGCAGAAACCCAUCAAUUUGACCAGCGCUGCGGCGAGGAAGUUCUUGAUCUUGUCUUCCAAUGGCAAAUAAGCUCAGGUUGGAGGGUAAAGUAGCUGUAAUAACUGGUGCUGCAAGUGGCAUUGGUGAAACAACUGCAAGAUUGUUCGUGGAACAUGGGGCGCGUGUAGUCAUUGCUGACAUUCAAGAUGAACUUGGCCAUCAAGUAGUGGCUUCAAUCGGGACCGACAAGGCCAGUUACCGCCACUGCGACGUCACUGACGAGAAACAAGUUGAGGACACUGUUGUCUACGCUGUCGAAAAAUACGGUACCCUUGAUAUCAUGUUCAGCAAUGCCGGCACCCUUGGCACUCUCGGUACCAUUCUCGACAUGGAUAUGACGGUAUUCGAUAGAACAAUGGCUAUUAACGCAAGAGGAUCGGCGUUAGCCGUCAAGCACGCAGCUAGAGUCAUGGUAACUAAAAAAAUCCAAGGCUCCAUCAUAUGCACGGCCAGCUUAGAGGCUAUUUUAGCGGGUGCAGCUCCGUUAGCCUACGUGGCAUCGAAACACGCCAUCCUAGGCGUGGUGAAAGCGGCUGCGCGUGAGCUGGGACAACAUGGAAUUAGGGUGAAUUGUGUAUCGCCUUAUGGCAUUGCGACGCCAAUGGUAUGCAAAACGUUCGGCGGGGAUGCCGCCCCUAUUGAAGCUUCAAUAUCUGGAAAUGCUAACUUGAAAGGUAUUACAUUGAGCACAAAGCAUAUUGCAGAAGCAGCACUUUUCUUGGCGUCGGAUGAGUCGGCUUACGUUAGUGCUCAUAAUUUGGCUGUCGAUGGUGGCCUAAGUUCUAUUAUGAAGCUAGAUUAAAUCCUCCUCUAAAUUCAUGUACAAUACUGCUAUUCCCUCCCAAGAUCUUUUUUAGUUGUUAUAGUCACUAAAGGCUCAUUUGUUUUUAUCAAGAUUAAGAUAUUUGGAUUCGAAUAUACAUUUUA